GACGAGAUGGAGGAGAUGAAGGCGGAGAUGGAGGAGAUGCGCGACUCGUACCUGGAGGAGGGUUGCAGGCCCUUGCAGGAGCUGCGUCGCGAGCUCGACCGCACCAACAAGAGCGUGCGCAUCCUGCAGUACCGCCUGCGCAAGGCCGAGCGCAAGGGCAUGAAGGCGGCGCAGGGCGGCCACCUGGACGGGGAGCUGGUGCGAGCCAUGGAGCAGGACCUCAAGGUGGCCAAGGACGUGUCGGUGCGUCUGCACCGCGAGCUGGAGAGCGUGGAGGAGCGGCGCGCACGCCUCGACGAGGAGAACGACGCACUGCGCGAGCGGCUCGUCGAGCUGGACACGGCCAGACAGGCGCUCGCCAACGAGGUGGAGCGCACUCGCGAGAAUUCCCUGCGAAGACGGAGCCGGGAGCCGCAGAAAGCAGACAAGAAGUCCCCAGCACAGGAGGACAGCGCCGACCUGCGGUGCCAGCUGCAGUUCGCCAAGGAGGAGGCGGUGCUGAUGCGGCGCAAGUUGGCGCGCGUGGGGAAGGAGCGCGACCGCUCCGAGGGGGAGCUGCAGCGCUACCGCGCGCUCUACGGCGAACUCGACGGCCAGCCGGCGCUCGGCGAGGCCGGCGGACCGCCCAGCUCGCGCCAGGCCGAGCUCAAGCUGCGCCUCAAGCUGCUGGAGGAGGAGGCCAACAUCCUGGGCCGGAAGAUCGUGGAGCUGGAAAUCGAGAACCGGGGCCUCAAGGCCGAGCUGGAGGACGCGCGCACCGGUGUUGGCUGCGGCGGCGGCAGCCUUGCCGGUCCGCCCGGCGAGCGAGACGGCGCCGCCGGGGCCUCCCAGGACGAGAUGGCCGUGACCGACGCGGCGCCGCCCGCCCCGCGAACGGUGACCUCCGACCCCGACGAUCGGCAGCAGCAGCAGCAGCAGCAGGGCCGGGGGACGGCACCGGCGGCGGGCGAAGACCGGCGGCCGCAGGGGGACCCGGCCGUGCGGGAGGAGCUGCGCGCCGCACGCCAGCAGCUGAGCGAGCUGAGCGGCGCCGUGCUGCGCCUCCAGCAGGAGAACCGGCUGCUGGCCACCAGCCUGCAGCGGCGCGAAGAGGAGGAGGCGGCGGCGGCGGCCGCGGCGGCGACGGCCGUGGUGCCGGGCGGGCAGUCGCGGGACGCCACGAUCGCGGAGAUGGACGGCGACGAAGGCCGCCCCCCGCGCCGCGCUCGCGAAGGCCCCAUCGGAGGGGAGAGCGACGCCACCACGGCCGGAGGAGAGAAGCCCCCGGCGUCGACGGGCGGCGCCGGGCCCGGCGGCUGCGGCGGCGGCGGCGACGGCGAGGCUGCCGCGACGGCGACGACGGCCGCCGCCGGCGGAGGAGGAGGAGGGGACGGGGAGGCGGCGGCGGGCUCGGAGGUCACGUGCUGCCGCCUGUCCCCCGGCGCUGGGCUCGACGUGCUGGCGGCGUACGCGCGCGUGGCCGGGAUGCGGCGCGAGGCGGAGCGGCUGGCGCGCACGGUGGACCGCGUCAUCGGGGAGGCCGAGCGGCUGGCGGCGCCGGGAGCCGUCGGAGUCGUGGCCGGAGCGGGGCCCGGGCCGUGCCGGGAGGCGCAGCUGCUGAGCGCCGUGAUGCGCGACUUCCGCAGGGAGCUGCGCACGUUCGCGACGGCGCUGGGAGGGGCGGCCGGAGGGGGGGGCGACGGCGCCUCCUCCUCCUCCAUGUGGAGGGACGACGAUCAGACGCCGCCCUCCGCCAUCAACCAGCACCAGGAGAAGCAGCAGCAGCAGCAGCGGCAGCAGCAGGAGAACGGCGUUUGGGAUUCUUGGGACCAAAGUGAAACAGACUCGGACGCGACGCGGAGACACUCGGACUCGGCGAGGAGACACUCGGACACAACGCGGAGAGACACGGACACGACGCGGAGACGCACGCACUCGGACAAUAGUGGGGACGGGGUGGCGUGGGCGGAGAGGCGGCAGCAGCGAGGUCCGGAGGGACGGGGCCGCGACGGCGGCGGUGACGACAGCGGCGACGACGACGACAACGAGGGGGAGGAGGAGGAGGAGGGGGGGGACCACUCCAGCCGGGAACUCGGGGCCCGAGAGCUGCUCCUGCAGCUCAAGCAGCUGCUGGGCCCACGCAGAGGCAACGUCGCCAACGGGCAGGGCCCCAGGGCCCAGCAGGUGGAGUUGAGCCGGGGGGACGGGGAAGGCGGCGAGGACCGAUCGGACGACUCCCCUGGCACGGAGGACAGCGGAGUUCACUCCCUGAGCGAGAGCUCGCAGGCUGCGUGUCACGCGCUGGUGGAGUCGCUGCUGGCGGAGCUGAGGAGUCGCGAGCGCCGCACCGCCACCGCCCACGAGCGCAGCACGUCCUGGGAGACGGAGCGCAGACGCCUCCUGUCCUGCCUCGCACAGUGCGAGUGUGGCUGUGCGUCCCUGUGGCCCGAGGUUGGGGAUGUGGUACGGCGAGACCUGGAGGAGGCGGAGGAGCAGGGCAGCGGACUGAGACGGGCCCGCUCCGUCUCCUCCAUGUCCGAGUUCCGCCGCCUCAUGGAGAGCUCCCCGUUCCUCCCCGCGGGGGGCAUGGCGGAGACCCCCCACGACCCCCUCCACGGGGGGCCCCCCAGCCCUUCCCCUCCCCCGUCGCCGCCGCCGCCGCCCCCCCUCUCCCCGGACGACGUGCGCUUCGUGCGCGAGUUCUCGUCGCCCUGGGGGGAGGGGUGCCCCCCGCGGGGGUGGGGGGGGCCCCCCCAGGAGGCGGGGGCCCCGGGCGAGCCUCGCAGGGGGAGGGGGAGGGGGUGGAGAGCCUCGAACACGGAGAAGGACGAGGACGACGACGAGGUGGUGGGGGGGGAGAGGGAGAAGGAGGAGGAGGAAGGCCAGGAGAGGAGGGUGGUGUGGAGGGGACGUCGAAACGAGGCACCCGUGGGGCCAAGAGUGGACCCCGCCGGCGCCACCAACCUCUCGGACGACAUGAAGCGCCGCGUCGCGUCCCGCGCCACCGCUCGCCUCUCCUCCUCCUCCUCCGUCGCCACGCAGGUGGACGGCCACGCCGACGGCACCAACGGCGCCGACGUCGGCACCGUCGUCAAUCCCGGCGGCGGCCCUCCUGCCCGCCACUCCGUGUCCACGCAAACCUCCGCCUCGGCCUGGGCACCCCGGCGCGGCCCGUCGACCGCGACCCCCCGGGGCAGCGCCGGCUCGACCCCGGCGGCGUCCCCGUCGCGCGGGGCCCUGCACGCCCGCCCGCUCUCCACCGCCUCCUCCGCCUCGUUCUCCUCGUCCCGCGCCGAUCGACCGUCGUCGGGGACCGCCGGCGCGGCCGCCCGCGGCCUGGCCGGCGCCUCCCCGCGCUCGCUGCGCCGCUCGCCGGGCGGCGGGGGGUCGUCCGGGAGGCUCGACGCGAGGCCGGGGACCGCAGGCGGCGGCGCGGCCGGCGUCAGCGGCCUCUCGCCGUGGGCCCGCUCCACCACGACGCGCGACUCGCCCGUCACGCGCGUCGCCGGGGACGAUCGGCCCGGCGGCCUCUUGGGCAUCCUCGGUUUCUCCGUGGCGACGUCCCCGACGCCGCCGCCGGUACCCGCCGCUGCCGCCACUGGUGCCGCCGCCCCGAGCGGCCGCGCUCACGCUCGCCGUACCAACGCCGGCGAUGGCGGUGGCAGCCGCCGCCAGGGAGCGCUCGCCGAGCCCCAGGCCCGGCGUGGAUGGGACGGUGCCGGUGCCGCCUGCCGCUGGCACCGUCAAGGCCGCCGCUGCUCGCGGUGGCGGCGAGCAGCGCGCGGGCGCCAGGCUGAGUGUCGGGGCCCAGAGCACGGAGCUUCGCAGGAGCUGCGAUUCGCUGGACGCCGAGUGCGGAGCGGAGGGGAACGGAGACGCUGCGAGGAAGGGAGCAGAGAGCGGGGAGCAGGAGCGGGCAGCUGGAGGAAAUGAGGACCACAGCGAGGGCUGCUGUUCGGCCCUGAACCCCGCGGUACCCUGUGACACGGCCCCAGUGGCAACAACGUAGGGGAGCUGAUGGGACCCUGUCGAGAACCCCCAUCGGACUACGUGGGUCCUCAUAGCCCCCCGCCCCUGAACGUGUAUCACGUGGGGUGGGAUGGGGGGCGGGGUCUGGCCCUGCCUGGACCCCCUGAGUGAGUGAGUGGGUGUGUAACGCGACCCCUGGGUCCCCCGAUGGAGUCUCGGAGAAGGGGGUGUGUGAUGUGGGCUGUCGGUGCAACUACACACACACACGCCUCGCAGGUACACACGUACGCAGGUACUAUAUACAAAUGUACAUACACAAGCACGCGUAAAAAUACACGCACGUGCGCGCUACGUAAUGUGUACACACAUACACACUAUAGACUCGGCACUUGUCCCAUAUCGGGCAAGCGCCCUUAGCGGGUGGUGUGGCCAGAACCACGCGUAGCCACCUUUGUCUCUACAGUGCUGAUGUUUACAACACUGCACUGGGUACUCGUUUAAGGCUGAGUGGACCUAGAGGGGAGGAGCCCAGGACCGGUACAUAUAUUGCUCGCCACUGGGGUUAGCAGUGGCUAGGAAUCGAGGUGAGGGUGCUGGGUUUGUAGCGCAGUGUGCUAACCACUUUGCCACUGCUCCACACACACACACACGGGUGCUAUUGGUACAGUUGUAUACACAAUUAUUCACACACACACAUAUAUACGCACUCAAUAAACGCCAACACAAUGUUUACACAAACAAGUAUUAUACACAACUGAUAUUAUACACUACGUGACUUUCCCGAAAUAACCAUAGAAUACGAUACUACACACACACAAACGUGGUGUAAAACGUACACACUAUUCGCACACGCGUAAACACUGCGACUACAUGCACAAGUACACACACACACGUGUGGUGUAUAUACGAACUACACAUACACACAUUUCGAUUUAAAGCUUUCGUGACUGCAGGGAUUCAUCUUCUUGGUUCUUUCGGUAAAGUCACGUAGAAUGGAAAUAAUAAAAUAAUAAAAAUAAAACAUAAUAAAAUUA